CGGCAGCUCCCUCUCCUCCAGAGCUCCCUUCCGGUUCCCAGCUCCUCCUCCUCCUCCCUCCCGUCCAGCUGCCUCCCUCUCUUCCUUGCGGCGGCUGCUGCUGCAGGCAAGCAGGCCUGCAGAUCUAGAUCGACAAGAUGAGCUCCUCCUCCUCAGAUCUAGUUCGACAGAGGCAGCGUGCAGUGGAAGUGUACCUACCUGAGGAAGUUCAAGGAGAAGGAGAAGUUGGUUCCUCAGUUGCAUCAACUGCUGCUGGUUCAGCAGCAUCAACUGCUCCAGACAUUGCAUCUCUUGUUGAGAAGGCCUUAGCAAAACUGCCUCCAGAAAUGGCUGCUGAAGCAAAAGAUCCCAAGAGGAAGGCAAAGUCUCGAGACCCUGGAUGGCAGUUUGGAUGGUGGCCAGAUAUUGCAAAGAAGGACUCUGUGCAGUGCAUUUUUUGUAAGACGAUAACUCCUUCAGGAAUCAGUAGUUUGGCAGCAGCAGCCAGCAAGACAAGAAAGGGCUCUGCAGCAACCAGGUAAGUGGCCAACUGACCUAUCUAUAGCCUAGAAGAUGUAGUAUAUAAGUGUGUGUGUGUGUAUAUAUAUGGUGUAAUGUAUGUAUUGUUAUAACUAUAGUAUAUAUAUAUAUAUAUAUUGUAUAUAUGGUAUAUAUAAGUUCCCCAUAUAGGGGACGACCAGGACGACCAGGGGACUCGUCCAGGGUCGAUUAAUCGUCCUGGACGACGAUUAAUCGUCCUGGACGUCCUGGACGGUCCCCAGGCGUCCAGACCCGUCCAGCCGUCUUGAAAACAUGGUCUGACGGUCAGCCCACAUUUGGUCAGCCAAGCCUUGUCUAAAAGCGAGCAUAAUGGCAUUCUCACUUGCUGUUCCAGCAUAUAUGGUGUCCUGGGUGUUCUCAUCAUUGUCAUCUGGCUCAUUGAAUUCAUCACUCACAUCUUCAAUCACCCAAUUAUGAAUGAUGCAGGCAUGCAGCAAGCAAUAACAAUAUCUACUUGAGUUUCAUAAGGAAAAAAGGAGAUGCAUCAUCAAGAACUUUGAAUCUCCUUUUUAGUGCUCCAAAGGCUUGCUCUACUAUGAUUCUCAAUGAACAGUGCCUACGGUUGAACAAUUCCUUCUCAUUUUGCACCGGAUUCCUUCCCCAUUCAUUCAAGUGGUAGCGGACAGCCCGAAAAGGGGGUAAAAAUCCAGGUUUGGCUCCAUAUCCAGCAUCAACUAGGUAAUAUUUACCUAACAUAUGAUGGGUAGUUAGGUUACAUCUCAAUGAUCCAGUAAUUUUGAUGAACAAAUUUAUAGACAAGACAUAGGUUAAACUAUUACCUUGUGGCACACGAAGGCCAUCCUCAUGUGCUA